AACUGGAAGUUAUUCUGGCAGUAACUCAAGAAUGCAGAUACCUGCACAGAUGAAGUUGACUAGCAAAAACCAGAUCUAUCUGGUGACGGGAGGCUGUGGUUUCCUGGGAAAACAUCUGGUUGAAAUGCUUCUGGAACAAGAGCCCAACCUUGCCGAAGUACGGAUUUUUGACCUGCAUCUGGAUGAAAGUAUGCGCAGCUUGGAUAGAGUGACUCUCAUCCAGGGAGACAUCAGCAAGCCAGAGGAUGUGAAGCCAGCAGUCAAAGGCGCCCAUGUGGUCAUUCACACGGCCGGUCUAGUGGACGUCUGGGGCAGAGUCCCACCUGAGAAGAUCAUGGCAGUUAAUGUGCAAGGAACCAAGAACGUAAUUGAGGCCUGUGUCGCACAAGGAGUCCAGUAUCUGAUUUACACCAGUAGCAUGGAGGUCGUAGGACCUAACACAAAAGGCCACCAUUUCUACAG